CAUUGGACAGUGUAUCAACAAGUCUUUAUAAAUAUAAUAUCAACAGGUCUUGCUAACGUUAAAACCAUGAAUAACCUAUUAUGUUCCGUUCUGUUGAUUUCAGUUAUACUUAUUCUUACAGACGCUGGUUGUUUAACGUAUCCUAAUAUAACAGACGCAAAUUUUGAUAAAGAUUGCAAUGGAAAUGCAGUCAUUACAUGUUAUGAAGGUUUCAAGAUGAUACAAGGGCUGGAAUGUGUUGAGGAAGAAUGGAGAUAUCAAAACCCAAUAUGUAAACGCACAGAAUGUCGCUACAAGUAUUCAAAUGUAAAAGCUUUGUCGCCCAAUCCCUACGGAAGAAGACCAGAAUCUGAUCCAGCGAAAUGUGAUGAAACCUGUGCUAACGAUAUCAGAUGUUCCGCGGCUACCAUGAUCUGGGGUGACAAUUGUGCACUUUACGAAACACCAUUCAUCUUCGUGUCGUUGGAUGGAAAAGAAGACCAAUGUAUUGAAAAGUGCAACGAGAUGAGUGAAUGUAAAACGUUUGGCACUCGAAACGAUAGUACGGGUUUGUUCUGUUAUUUAUUUAACGUUACCUUGGACAAGAUUCCAGAGAAACUGAAACAAAUUUACACUAGCGAUUUUACCGUAGCAGAGAAAAUCUGUGAAUAAUAAAAAAAAACAUGUUUA